AUGGAGUCCACUCAGUUCUAUUUCCCAAUCUCUCCUGCUUCUGCCCUCGUGGCUUUGGUGACAAUCGUGUUCCUACUUCGUCGGGCAUGGCCUCGCUUAUACCAGCAGAAGAGGACCACUAAGCUCGCUGAUGCAAUCGAGACGCACCAAGAAUUAGACUUGGUUGUGUUAAAAGAGCCCGAGGUCCCAGAUGGUUGGUGGUCUGGCCGGGAUGUGUUCGAGCUCGAACGCCGCGCGCUCUUCAGUCAAACAUGGAUCUAUCUUGCACACAUAUCGCAGUUUAAAAAGCCUGGCUCUUAUCAAUCUUUUGACCUUGCCGGGUAUCCUAUCUUCUUGAUUCGGGGCAAGGAUGACAAGAUCCGUGCCUUUCACAAUGUGUGUCGGCAUCGUGCCUAUACUAUCACGAGGAAGGAAAGUGGUGCAUCGACGGUUCUCGGCUGCCGGUACCACGGCUGGAGCUACGAUACCACCGGCCGCCUGGUUAAGGCGCCUCAGUUUGACGAUGUGCCUGGAUUUGACAAGUCGCAGAACAAUCUGUUUGAGAUCCAUGCACAUACCACUGUCCAUGGAAUGGUACUUGUUAACCUAAAUUCCGGUGAGCCAGAGCCGUUUUAUGAGAAUAUUGUAUCGGCUUGGAAUGGAUUUUCUCGUACAUCCGGUUUGGAAGUGAGCUCCACUUGGGUGAACGGACAGACUUUGACUGGAAAUUUCAAUUGGAAAGCAGGAAUGGGAAAAUCUCAACUCAAUGCGUUCACUACAGAGCUGAGCCGUCAGAUAUCAGAAUUAUCUAAUCCAUCGCCUGUUUUGAAGGCUGUCCGAUCAUUAAUGCAAAAAAGCACGCGCAUGGAGACUUCCUUGUUUCCAAUCACUUUCCUAUGUUCUUUUGAACAUACUGGCCUAUGUCUGGCUCUAUCCAUCUUUCCAGCAUCCGAGAAGAAGUCUAGCAUUCGAUACGAUCUAUUCACCCGUUCUGCGAUAGGCAAUACAGAGAGCGAGGUACUAUCCAAAUCUUCAUACGAAGUUACAGAGAAACUGGUUCGAGAACUUGAGGACCACUAUCAGGCAAUCUUGGUAGAUAAUGGAAGCUCAAUUGAAGUAAACGCAAGCAUCACGGACACUCGCCAAAUCCUGAGCAGAAUUCAGAAGCACACAAAGCUUGAAAAGAUUCAAGGUGGUCAGAUUCUACCGGCUACACACAAACCCAAAGGCAGCAUUUUAUUCCAACAGGCUGAGCAAUUGUGCCAAGAGCUGGACUGCGUUAGUGGUGGAUCGCAGAAUGGGACUUCAUCAAAUGCACUGGAUUGGUAA